CCUUUUGUUUCAAUUUUCCAAUUUUCUCCAGUCCCACUAGUAACUUUGAAAAUAUCAAAUUUCCCUCACUUUGCAGAUGAAUGCAGUUGUUCAUAAUAAUUGACGAAACACUUUCUGCUCCCACAUCCCGUUCCCGCCACAAUUAUAAUUUCCGACGCGGAAAACACCAUAGAAAUUAUUAAGGUUGUCGAAGUCACAUCUCUGAUAUAUCUACAGAAAUGGCCGACGAAGAAUCUCAGGAGCUCAGCGAGAAGCAGAAGAAAGAGAUCGCUAAAUGGUUCCUCGUAAACUCUCCUGCCGGAGAGAUCCAAUACGUCGCCAAAGAUAUUAGAUCCAUUUUAAUGGACGAAGGCAUCUAUAACACGGCUGUUUCGGAAGCAUUUCCUCUUUAUAACAAAGCUCAGUUGAUAUCUCUUGAAAUGUCUAACAGAAGCGGAGAGGUGCUUGUCACAUCAUUUGGCGAACUAAGUGAUAAGGAAUAUCUUGAUCCUAGGACCGCCCAAGUUGCCACGGUUGACCAUAUCAAACAAGCUUGUAUAGACGUAAGACCUGCUGCUGAUGAGGAGCUCCCAUCCGUGUAUAUUGAAGAGUUUCGAUGUGCUCUGGAUGCAGAAAUCAUCAAAUAUGUUGGUGAAGCAUAUCCAAAAGGUGUCUGUUCAGUGUACUGUGUUGAUGGAAAAGAUGUGGAAGGACCAGGGUCUAAUUUUGAGCUUGCAGUGGUGAUCGCUGCAAGAAAUAGCCCCCAAAAUUUUUGCAAUGGAAAUUGGCGCUCAGUCUGGAAUGUUGGAUUUAAGGAUGAUCUGCAAAUGAUUGAAGUAAGAGGUAAAAUACAGGUGGGGGCCCACUAUUUUGAAGAAGGGAACGUUCAACUGGAUACUGAACAUGAAUGCAAGGAUUCAACUAUUUUUCAGCUCCCUGAAGAUUGUGCAAUUGCUGUAGCAAACAUUGUUCGCCACCAUGAAACUGAGUAUUUUGCAUCUCUUGAGGUUUCAUAUGCAAAAUUGCCUGAUACAACUUUCAAGGACCUUCGGAGGAAGCUUCCUGUCACUCGUACCCUGUUUCCAUGGCAUAAUACUUUGCAAAUUAGCCUCACCAGAGAUAUUACGAAAGAACUUGGAAUUGGGAAGUGAAAACUAGCUAGGGAAACGCAGCAGUUGGGGAAGUAGGGUUCAACGCAGAGGGCUUACAUGCAGUUUGUUGGAAAUGUUGAAGGUAAAAAAAUAAAAAUCAACUAACACAGACAAUAAUUCUGUUACUAACUCAAUGUAAUAACUAAGAUUUUCAAUUAAAUCAUUUAUAUUUAUGCAGAAGAAUAUGGAAGAAGAGAUUUUUUAAUCCUUUAUAUUUCUGUUGAAUAUGGAAGAAGAGAUUUUUGUUGUACUUCUUAUAUAUUAAUUAAAGUGUAAGACCUGCUGUUGAUGAAAA